AUCAUAUUAUAAAUUAUAUUUCCAAUUUCACAAUUUCCUGUGAAGACGAAAAGCAAAUCGGAGAGAGAGAAUGGCGGAGGAGAAGAAUACGAUAGUCUGGAAUGAAGGACAGAGGAAAUUCGAGACUGUGGAUAAAAAAGCAUACGUCGAAUACGAGGUGAGGGGCAGCAAAGUAAUUGACAUAACUCAUACGUAUGUGCCGCCGAGCAAGAGAGGGCUAGGCCUCGCCGCCGAUCUCUGCGCCGCCGCCUUCACUCACGCCCAAAACCACUCCCUCUCCGUCAUUCCAACCUGCUCUUAUGUUUCUGAUACGUUUCUUCCUCGAAACCCAAACUGGAACUCAAUCGUGCACAAGGACGAUCCCAAGUCUAGCAUGUGAUCAUGUCUUGCCGAUGCUUUAUUUGAAUCUGAAACUCGACUCAUCAGACGAACUCUCCCCAUCGCAUUUAACCAUAUUUUGCGCUUCAAUAAUGUUGUCUACAAUGUGCAUCCUGCAUUGUGUCGUGAUUAUACACAAUUAUGUACUGUCUGUGUUAGAUUUUAGAUUUUGCAGAGACUAAAUACGAUCACAAUAAUUGAAGCGUACGUAAUACAUGAAAGUGAGACAUCCAA